CAAGAAACAAAACGGAAAAUGUAUUCAAACAACAUUACGACGUAGUCGAAACUGACAAAUAUUAUUUUGUUGGGAAUUUUGCAAUACAUGUUCAUAAAUGUGUAAUAAAAGUAAUACCUGUUAGGUAAAUAAAACAAUGACUGAUUCAACGAACGGUGUCGUGAAAAAAAACAAUGAACGAUAAUGCAUGAAUCUAGAAUAUAUAGACGAAUAUAUGUUACCUCAAUAACCAUACUUUAAACACGCGUAACAUGGCGCAAAUACAAUCGUCGGGUGCUGAUGGACUGCCAAAACAUUUUGUUGCCGCCAUGCGUACACUGUUUGAUAUUAUGGACGAUCAAAAUACAGGCUUUGUCAAAUUUUCGGACAUUGAGGGUAGAUGGCAAGACGAUGGGACACAAGGUCUUCCAAAAGGUGUUUUAGACAGUCUUAAGAAAGUUACGCCGUCAAAUGGUUUACUAUCUUUCGAAAGGUUCUGCACAGGACUGAAAAUUUGUUUAUUGCAAAUUCAAGCAGACUCCGACACCAAGAAACACAAUGGCCAACCGAACAGGCCACCGUCUGCGCCGAUUCUCAUUCCAGACAGUCAAAGUAAGACAACAUGGACAUCUCCGAAUACAGCGACUAUAAGACCAAAUAAUGCUAUAUCGCAACAACGUACCUUAAGUAUGCCACAGUUAAUAGCAGGUCGUAAAGAUGGUAAUACGCAAUUAGAGUUGAUGGAUGGUAAAACUGGUGCUGAAUCAAAAUUGAAUAAAGCGUAUGGACCUCCUAAACCUCCGAGAACUGGUGCUGCAUUGGAAGCGAGGAACAUUAAUUCAGACAGAAAUUUUGAUAAAUCUGAAAUUAGAACUGUAUUACAAAAUUGGCAGAUGGGUUUGUUAAUGAACGACGAUAAAACUAUAGAAAAACGACAGUUACCAGCAGUAAACUAUAGAUCAGAUACCAGAACAUUGUUGAGACCAACUCGCGUAUUGGGGGAUGGUAAAGCAGUCGAUUUGCAAAAUAAUCAAGUCGGCCUUCAACCUAAAAAAACAUUAAAUCGACGUAGAGAACCCAGACGUCAUACGUUGCAGAAUGGUAUUGAUUACAAUAUGAUGAAGAGAAUGAAACAAAUUGAACAAGAGAAAGAUGUAUUGCUUCAAGGCCUAACUGCGGUUGAUAAAGCUAGGGAAUGGUAUUUGAAACAAAUCUCUGCUACUCAAGAAAAAAUUAAACAUCUUGGACGUAUGGGAUCUCAUGUGGAACAAUGGACAGAAGCACAACAAGAACGUUUAGAAUUGCAACGUGCCCGAGUGCUAGAAGUCAAUAGACAUUUGGCAGCAUUAAUAUGCAGCUGGGAACGCGGCGGGCUUCCUCUUCAUAUGAAUCUUGCCUUUCUUAGUACUCCAACAUCGACGCAGCUUCAACAGGAUAUGCUUUCUAGGCUUAAACAACAAAAUCAUAGAUUAACAGAAGAAGUUAGUAAAAAAAGCCAACGUAUAGCAAUACUUGAACAAGAAAAGGAUAACUUGGUACGAGAAUUAUACAAUAGGCAAAGUGGUAUGGUCCAGUCUCGGAGAGCAACAAUGAUCCAUGAACAUGAUCAAACAUUCAUGUAAGAAUAUAAAUAAAUUAAUCGGUGAUCGUAAAGUGGAUUUGCGAUUGAAGACAUACAUAAUGGAUUUUUAUGUAAAAUAUCAAAUAUACGUGCAUUCCGAAACCGAAUGAAGGAGUACCUAUAUUCAAACUUCAAGUUAAGUUUGUAAAGUAUUUGUUAAAUAUUCACGACAUUAAUACUUGAAUCUAGUUAUAUAAUGUAAACAAAGUGCUUUUAAAAUUUUUCAUAAUCCGUCCAAAAAUCUAAAGAUUAUGUUUCCUUCAAUAAAUUAUUAUUCUAAGUAAUAAACUGCCUUGACCCAAUUUUUAAUUCUAUCGCAACACGAUAAUCUCAAUUUACACUUACAAUUCAACGAUUAAUAUUACAUACUUGAAACUGAUUGCCGUUAUUUUACAAACAAACAUUUUGAUAAGGAAAUUGUUCAAACUAAUUAUACGCGUUUCGCGAUCUCCGCUAUAUCUACUUCCGUACUAUGCAAUACCAAAUCUUAUUGAACUAUAAAACAUGAUAUGCGUUCUUAAUCGUUCGAUGUUUCUAUUCAAGUAAAAUUUACUGCCAUAUUGAAAUAUUUUAAAAAAUAU